AUGGAUUCAAAUAGACAUCGUUGUAUUGGCGUUUUAUUACGUUAUUUGGAAUCUGAAAAAUAUACACCAGAACGUUUAUGGAAUGAUAUUAAUCGUUUAGAACUAGGUCAAGAUGUAACAGAUCGUAUAUACCAUCAAUUGCCAACAGCUGAUGAAGUGAAAACUUAUUUAAAUUAUGAAUUCACUGAACAACGAUCUAUUGAUGAUUUAACGGAUGAAGAUCGUCUUUUACUACAUUUAUGCAAAGUUGAACGUUUAGGGCCUAGAUUAGAAAUUAUUUUAUUCAUGAAUUCAUUUGAAGAUAAUUUGAAUGUAGUGAAUUCGAAAAUUAUUGCUGUAAGAUCCGCUUCGUUAGCAUUGAAAAACAGUUGUAAAUUUAGAGCUAUCUUAGAAAUUAUAUUAGCUUUUGGCAAUUAUAUGAAUAGUUCCAGACGUGGUAUUGCCUACGGUUUUCGUUUACAGAGUUUAGAUGCUUUAUCCGACACACGGACCUUGGAUAAAUCGUGGACUCUGCUUCACUUCAUAGUUGAAACAAUUGAAACCCAAUUUCCUGCCCUAGUUAAUUUUGACGAUGAAUUGACUGGUGUCGUAGAAGCUGCAAAGGUUCCAACAGAAGCUUUAACAAAUGAUGUCGCAGCAUUAGUUUCUGGUAUGUCACAAGCUGAUAAAGAGACAAUUAUUUUUGGUUCAUUGAAAACACCACAACGUUUAUCAGAUUUUGUAUUGAAUAAUAAAUCUAAAGUGGAAUCUGUUGAAAAGCAAGCAGAAACUGCACGUAAUAUGUUUGCUAGAACAAUUGAAUGGUUUGGUGAAGCGCAAAUUAAACCUAGUCCAGAACAAUUUUUCAGUUUAAUUGUUCGAUUUAUUAAGAAUUUCAAAAAUGCAAUAGUCGACAACGAAGCACGACGUCGUGUUGAAGCCCUUCAAAGUUUAAAUUCUGUAACCGGUGAUGAUAAUGGGCCAUUAUCAUCAAUCAAUCAAAUUUCAAUCAACCAUAUUCCAAAAAGACCAAAAGAUAAUGUUCCUGUUUCGGAGUUACAGAAGCGUUUGGCACAAGAAGCUCGGUUGGCUAAACGACGAUUUAAAAAUCGUACUAGACAGAUUACAGGAGAUGGAAUGAUGGAUGAAAUUCUAGCAGGUCUAAUAUCGGAACCAUUGCAAGCUGAGGUUCAUCCACAUCGCAAUCGUUUAUCUGAAAAUAAUAAUUGA